UGUUUGCUUUUAGCUUACUCACAGUAGAAUGGCGGCCGCUGCCUGCGGUCCUCGCGGCUGUCCGAGGACUAAUUCAGCCAAACCACACAAAGAACACCUGCGAAAAAGCCGGGAUUCCCGUCGCAGACAAGCGGCACUGUUGUUUCUCACUAAUAUAUCUUUGGACGGAAGACCGGUUUACAACCUUAGCAAUGGAAUCUCUGGCCCCAGGGAAGCCGAGAGCCGGUGCGUGGAUGUCGCCGCGACGGCGGUAACGGGUUUCCCUCUGUCGACAACCAGCAGCUACGGAACCUUCACCCAAGUGUCAUCCUCCAUCAGCGGGGGAGCAGCGACCCCUCUACCGAGGACUCACACUUACCCCGCUCCUCUCAGUCCUCCUCCAGCAUUCAAUCAGGGGAGCUGCGACGUUUUCACGGAGGAUGGUCGAACAGAUCCUUUGUCAGUCCAGGCACCCCCGCUUUCACCGACCUCUGGACCGGUGAAUCCGGUUUUAGGAUCCAGUAAACCGCUCGUCCAAUUCCCGGGAUCUAAUCCCGUGCCUGAUCCCCGCCAAAGGACACGUAACCUUUCUGGAUCUCCAGGGCCAAAGGUUUCCAAGAAGGUGCAUUUCAUCAAGAAUAUGAGGCAGUAUGACACUCGAGGGAGCAGGGUUGUGCUGAUCUGUGCCAAGAGAUCCCUGUGUGCUGCUUUCUCUGUAUUGCCCUAUGGAGAGAGUUAUCACAUCAGUGACUCUAAACUAGAAGCCCAGAGACAGAGACACUCUUCUGGUGGUGGAGUUGAUAUGGUCCCAGGACUGGAGGGAGUGGAGGUGGACUUUGGAAAGACAGUGUCAUAUGCCCGUUUUCUGCUCCCAACUAAUGCCUUGGUCAGGCAGAAGAGCAGCGGCCCUCCUGAUGUCAGUACAGCUCCGAUUCCUAUGUCUCGCAACCGUAUUAAUGGGCAGAAGAACUUCACCCCUUCACGAAUCAACAGCACAGUUGCACAGGAUACUAGUGUGUUACAUGGUGUGGACGAGCUAACAGACUAUGACCCCAACUUACUCAGUGACCCGCAGUGGCCUUGUGGGAAGCACAAGAGAGUCUUAAUUUUCGCAUCUUAUGUGACUACGGUUAUUGAGUAUGUGAAACCAUCUGACCUGAAGAAAGACAUGAACGAGACAUUCAAGGAGAAGUUUCCUCACAUAAAACUGACACUCAGCAAAAUCAGAAGUUUGAAAAGGGAAAUGCGCUCGGUGAGCGAGGAGUGUGGCCUACAGCCAGUUACCAUAGCUAUGGCUUAUGUUUACUUUGAGAAGCUGGUUCUGCAAGGGAGGCUAAACAAGCAUAACCGAAAACUGGUGUCGGCUGCUUGCGUUUUAUUAGCUGCCAAGAUCAGCAGCGACCUCAAGAAACAAGAGGUCAAGCAACUGAUCGAUAGGUUGGAGGAGCGUUUCCGGAUAAACCGCAAGGAGUUGAUUUCCCUGGAGUUCACGGUUCUGGUUGCUUUGGAGAUGGCACUCUACCUCCCAGACAGCAAGGUCAUGCCUCACUAUCGCAGACUGGUGCAGCAGGGCUGAAAUGAAGAGGGCCCUUAAAGGGAUAGUUCACCAUAAUAAUAAACAUUCUAUCAUCAUUUACUUGCCCUGAUAUUGUUUCAAAACUUGCUGUGUGUUUCACAGAACAAAGUAAUUCAUACAGGUUUGGACCAACAUGAGGGUGUGGAAAUGAUGACAGGGUUUUCAUUUUGGGGUGAGAUGUGCCUUUAAGAGGUGCCUGUAUACAGGAGAGAUGAUUGUCUUAUGGGAGUCAUGGAAGGAUAUUUGUAUUAUUUAUUGAUUUGAAUAGAUCAGUGGAAUUUUCUCUGAGCUAAGUCCAGUGCUCUUGGCACCCCAUCUUCACUUGUUUACUUCUUUCAUAAAACUGAUUUUAUAAAUCAAACACAUUUAGAGGGAGGCUUACUUUAAGCACCGAUCACUGACUUUUAUCAAUUUUUAUCAAUUAUUUCUUUCUAUUUUUUUAAUACCACAAAUGCUUAUUAACCACCAUUUAUCAAAUCUGUUUUUUUUAUGCACCACUUUUAUUUAUGCAGUAUUUUAUUUAUGGACCUUAAUUUUAUUAGAAUUCAUAAUUUAUGAAUACUGAAUAUAUUUUUAAGGUAUAAUUUUUUUUCUCUUUUCGAUAACUUUUUGGGGUAUGUGUGGCAUUCCGAUGCGUAUCCAGGCACUCUAUGUUAGAGAUGACAUUUAAUGGGCACAUUAUUGUGCUUUUAUCUCUCGCUCACUCCUUUUUUUUGUUUGUUUUUUUAAGUCAUGUAAUAUUUACCAACUUGACUGUGGUUUAACAGUGAUAUGAUGUUCUUUGAGACACACCGCAAUGCGUUUAGGUAGUGUUGAAUGUAAAGGCAUCUUUUGAAUAUGUGAGUGCCAUUUUAGACAGAUAAUCAAAUGUUUAGAGAAACUGAACCAUUUGCCACUUGUUUUUUGAUGUUUAAUUUUUAGCAUCUUAACCGUGUCCUGUUUUUCUUAUGUGCAACACUGAUUGAGCACGUUUCAAACGGUACAGUAGGUUGUACAAAUAACUCUACAUCUGUAUAUUAAACUGUUGUGUAUUUGGUCACAGGGGAAUGCCACCUCCUUGACCGAGUGAGUCUGUUUUGUGUUGUGCAGUGUUGAAUAUGACCCAACCUUUCUGAAUCUUCUUGGUUAGUGUUCUUACAGUAUCCUCUUAUCUUUUAUCUCCGAUGUUCUUCUUUGGAAAUGUUUAUACACCGUAGGAGUGGUCUGUUUACUUUCAGAGCCUGGACAGUAUCACAGCGUGCAGCAUUACCAGAAAUAUGCAACAUUGUUUUUACAUCUGAUUUCGCCGCAUUUGUGUUUAUCCGAGAAGCAGAAGCACAUAGCCACCAUCUAGUGGUGGUCUUUUUAACAUGAUGGGUCUGUAUGGUGCAUUUGCUUCUUUUCCUCAGGGAUUCAGACUGAUCAGAAUUCACAUUGCUGAGACAAAUGAUCAACUACGAGAAGGUAAUUGGAGAGAAUUGUGGGUAAUAACACAUCACCGUUUCUUCAAAGUGUAGGUCUUCACUGGGCGUUGAAGAAUGAAGUGCCUUUUCUAUUACAUUUGUCAGUAUGGUUGUGCUGCCAUAUCGUUUUUCACACAUUUUGUCUCUUUAAUCUUUUUGAUACCAAGUAAUCACAAACCUUGACACGUUAUGAAUAUGAUUGUAGAUCGGGUUGGGAAAACCAUGUGACGUGUUGAUUGAAAUCUCACCUUAUGUGUAUGCAUUGACUCCUGUGAUACUGUCGUGGAAGCUUUGAGGAUGUGGAAUGGUACAAGCACUGUGAGGGAAUCCUGUGACCUUCUGCAUGAGAAUACUGUGUUUAAUGGUGUCUAUGAACUUCUCCCAAAAGCUUUAUUUUUCAAGAUUGUCUAUUUUAGUAGUAUGUCAUAGAAUGAAGUGUUGAUAGUUUGCACUGCUUGAUUGAACGCCAACAGGGUUUACACUGAUCCAAAAACCAAUGUUGGUGUGUGUUAGGCAGUGUGAGCUAGGCUUUAGUUUGGACUGAACUGUUCACAGGGUCCUAUAUGUUUGUGCUGUGUAGAUACUGUGUCUUUGUCGUUUUUUCUAUUUGCAUUUAUAAAGAUGUUUUAAUUGUUUAA